GAUUUGUUCGCCAGUCCGCAGUUACUCCCCGGGUAUCAGGGGAGUACGUUCACCGAGACAGAUCGGGAUCUAGAGCGGGCAUGGCAUCCAAUAGGGUCUCUUUCUCGCAAUACCGUCUGGAAGCGGAGAUCGACCGCUACAGAGCAGAGUGCCAGUGGGACAAGAUACCCACUAUCGUAGAGCAACUCGUGGCCGCCAGAUUUCACGAAGACGAUGACUACGGGACGCUGUUAUUGGCAGAGGCCCUGCUGGAGGAGUGUCUGCAGGACAACCUGAGGCUGUUACGCAAUGCUACGCCUUUGACGGACAUCAACCAGCCCAAACUGUCCCGGUCAAAGGGCUACCUCAACUCCAUCCUGAGCAGGGGGCUCCUGGGGCCCAGGCACUUGAACGAGGCUCUUCUCCUGAUGGCCAAAAUACACUAUGUCCAGGGUCAUUACCGUGAUGCCCAGGGCAUGUGUGCAAGGGUGGGCAUAGACGAGCUGACGGGGGACGAGCAGCCCGUCUACCACCUGCGUCUGCUCGCAGAGGCCUUUGUCAUCAAAGGUCUGUCCCUGGACCACCAGGCAGUGUCAGCUGCCUCCCGCGUCCGUCUGUCUGAGCGAGAGGAGGAAUGCCUGUCCUGCUACCUAAGGGCCUGUGACACAGCUCUCGUUUACCUGCAAGAGCUCGAUAAGAUGGUGGUCACCUCUAGUUCUAAAUUAGGUAAGGCCAGUUUGGCCCCUCCACCACUGGACAUUGACCUGGGCUUCUUCCAGCAGGCGGCGCUACAGAGCGCGUACCUGUGUCUGCUACAUAGGGGUCACCUGGCCCAGGGAGCCCACCAGCUGCGUAGGGUCCUCGGGGUGGUGGAGUCUCGAGGCUCCCAGAGCUUCAGGAAGGCUGCAGCGCGGAAGCUGGCUGAGGUGUUGCUGAGCUCGGUGAGUGAGGACAGCUACUGGGCCCCCAUGUCCCUCCCACCCUCCGCCUGGCUGCAGAGAGAAGGGAACGCCGGGCCGAAGGACGCCAUCUACCCCUCCUCCAAGCCACCUCAGCGCUACAGUACUGACAGUGUCUUCUGUCCCCAGGACGUGGUCGAGGAGGCAGUCCUCCUGCUGCUCAUCACAGAAUCCAUGGCCAGCGGAGAUGCAGUCAUCAGCCGAGCGCCCGACCAUAAGGAGGCGCAGGAGACCAGUCUGCAGGACGCCACCUCUGUCUACGACCUGCUGAGCAUCGGCAUGGCCAGGAGGGGGCAGUAUGCCAUGCUGUCUGAGUGCCUGGAGCGGGCCAUGAAGUUCUCGUUUAAGGAGUUCCACCUCUGGCACCAGUUGGGCUUGUCACUCAUGGCGUGUGGGAAGGGUGUGGGCGCCGUGUCUGUGCUCAAGGAGUGUGCCAGGAUGAGAGCCGAGGACCCCUCACUGCCCAUGUUGGCUGCCAAAGUCUGCAUCGGCCAGCUGCACUGGCUGGAGGAGGCAGAGGCCCUGUCUCAGCGUGUGGUGUCCAUGGGAGAGGAGGCUGCAGAGUUUCUGCCCCGUGCGUACCUGACUGUGGGGCUGUGCUGCAGUCUGCAGGCCUCUGACGCCACUCUGAAAGCUCAGCGGGAUGGGUUCAACAGACGAGCGCUGCAAAAUCUGCAAAAAGCCUAUGCACUGGACCCCAAUGAUGCUAAGAUUGCCCUCUACCUGUCGCUCCAGCUGGCUCUUGUACGGCAGGUGGCAGCUGCCAUGGAUCCCCUGCAGGUGGCUCUGUCUCUGCAUGGGGACGACCUGCACUCUCUCCACCUGCUGACCCUGCUGCUCAGCGCCCAGAAACACCACCAACAUGCCCUGGAAACCCUCACACUAGCCCUCAGUCAACACCCCGAGAACUUCAACCUGCUGUUCACUAAGGUGAAGCUGGAGGAGGCUCUGCAUGGGCCAGGUAUAGCACUCCAGACCUGCCAAGACAUGCUGCAGCUCUUGCAGAGGCGCUAUGACUUCAUACGCACCAGUGAGGGGGAUGACAGCAGCAGUAUCCACCCACCAGAGCCACUUCCACUCAGCCACAAACCCAGCGGUCUCCACCUCACCCUGCCAGACUUUCAGGACCCUGAGACUGCUCUCUCUGGGUCAGGUUCUCAGAGUGGUCCGUCCCUCGCUGCAUCUCGUCUGGGGCAGGCCACUUCAGAGGUGUCAGCCAUCAGCUCCGCCCACAGACAGGGUCCCGCCUACAUCUGGACCACUCUGGAGCGCAUCUGGCUGCAAGCAGGAGAGUUGUUCAUGGCAGACGGACGUGUGAAGGAGGCCCAGUUCUGUGUUCAGGAGGCAGGGGUGCUCUCUCCCAACUCCCACUCUGUGCUGCUGCUGAGGGCCCGGCUGGCCGAGCUCAAAGGGAACCAGGAUGAGGCCAAGAGCUUCUAUGACGAAGCCCUGGCCAUCCACCCCAACGGACACCGCAUACUGCUGCACCUGGUGCCAUUGGAGAGUUCCUCAAUGAGCUUGACACCUUGAUAAGCUAAUUUCCUGAUGAUGGCUCACCACUUAUUAUGGUGAGCCAGACUUCAACCUCCCGACUAUUGCCUUCGAUUAAUUUCUUUCCACCCCUUUCCUCUUUUGACCUAAUCCUUUCCCUGUCCCCUCCCACUCACAAGGCAGGCAAUGUGCUUUACCUCAUCUCUGCUACUUUUCUCACUGCAACUCCCUUUCAGGUCUCUGAUCACUACUUGGUUUCCUUUUCUGUCUCCCUCUCCUCCAAUCCUACCCACUCAGACUCUGUCCAGGUGUUCAUGCGCUGUCGCAAUCUUCACUCUCUCUCCCACUACUCUCUCCUCUUCUAGCCUAUCAUCUCUCCCUUCUGCUAAAUCCCUAGUCUCCUGAUUGUGCCUCUUCAAUUGUGCCUCUCCUGAUUGUGCCUCUUCAAACCUACUAACCUGCCUAUGACUCUCACUGUCCCCUUUCCCCCUGGCCGGCUCAACCCUCUCCUCUUGAUUCCUGGAUUCCUGGCUUUUGAACCUUGCUUGCUAACAGAACAGGGCUGCGGGCAUCUGAAAAUGGAGGAAAACUAAACGUCUGGAGGACUUAUCAUUCUUUCAAUCACUCCCAUCUACGUUCUCUUCCUCUGUACCUGCUGCUAAAGCCACUUUCUUUCACUAUACAUUUCAAGCUUCUGCCUCUAACCCCAGGAAACUAUAUUCCACCUUACCUUCUCCUCCCUCCUUAAUCCUCCACCCCCACCCCCCCACUCCUUCCUCUCUGUGAGCGACUUUGUCAACCACUUUGAAAGGAAAGUUGACGACAUCCGCUUCUCAUUCACUCCGCCUAUUGAGUCCACUGGUACCACUUACAUAUCAUUACCCUAUGCCUUGAGCUCUUUUUCCUCUCUCUCUCUCCAGAUGAAAUCCUGCGACUAGUGAUGUCCGGCCGCCCGAUAACCUGGCUGCUCGACCCCAUCCCCUCCUCCCUUCUCCAGACCAUCUCUGGAGACCUUCUCACUUCCCUCAUCAACUCAUCCCUUACCACUGGCUGCGUCCCCUCUGACUUUAAAAUGGCCAGAGUCACUUGCCUCUUCGAGAAAACAACACCCUUUCUUUUCUUUCCAAAACACUUGAGCGUGCUCUCUCUGACAAACUCUCUCAGAACGAUCUUAUUGACCUUAACCAGUCAGGCUUCAAGACUGGUCACUCAACCGAAACUGCUCUCCUUUGUCACAGUGGCUCUCCACACUGCCAAUACUGACUCUUUCUCCUCUGUUGUCAUCC